GGAAAAAGACAAAUAGUCUGUUUCUGAGUUAAAACCAUUCGAAUGAAGAAAUUCAGAUUUCAUCUUCUCAUCUUUCCUGAACAACCACAGCCUGUGAUCAGCAAAACACCGUCAUGAUCAUUUCCUGUGCUGGCAAAGGCGACAGUUUCCAUGCGAGCCGAGGGACACGCUCAACUAUAAAGCAUGUUCCUGACUCUGAUGGGAUGGACCCUGGUGACCCUCAGCCUCUGUCGGCCCGUGUGGACCGCGGCGAAGGUGAUCCAGCCGUACAGAGUGACGAGCAUCAGCGGCACAGCUCAGGUCCAGUGCUUCAUCCGGACCCAAUGGUCCGACUACCCUGACCCCGAGGAGGUCCGUGUGACUCUGCUCAGAGGCCUCCACGGCUCCCAGGGCCUCUGCUGCACCACGCUCAACUCCACCGAGCCCAGAGAGACAAGUGUGGAGGAGGUGGGGGAGGUGCAGUGUUCUGCUGAGGUGAUAGGGGGCGCCGUGCAGGUGACCGUGUCAGGACUGAAAGCCGCAGACACAGAUUUGUAUCGCUGUCAGAUCCAGGUCCUCUACCCUCCUCCAUACCUGCGGCUCACUGGAAACGGGACCCUCAUCCAUGUCCCAGGCAACUGUGACUCUCCUGUGCAGGAGAUGGUUCAGCAGAGUGAUGAAGAGGAGGGUGAGGAGAGUGAGGAGGGGAAGGAGCCAGUCAGUGCCCCUGUGGUCACCCUGGUGAUUCUGGUCAUGUUCGUCCUCAUCAUCAUCAUCUUCUUCCAGACUCUCCAGUGUGAACGAGGGAAGAGGGACAGUGUUGUUCGUGCGUUUGCUGCUGGAAGCUGCUGAAGACAGCAGCAGCGUGUCUGCCAGGAGCUUUAGAGUUAAUGGAUUAAUGGUUAACGGAUCGAGGGAGAGUCCGUGUCGAAGUCACCUCUGUUCUCAUUGAGGUUCCACGUGUGGACGUCGGUGCAGGAGUUAUUUAUUCAGCACCAAAGUAAUGUUUACAUUGUUGUAAACUCAAACUAUAUUAAAAAAGCUUUUUUAUGUUUGUUUAAAAACAAAAUCACUUGAUUUUUUAUUUGGUAAAUGCUUCAGAUCAUUAAGGUGCAUUAUGGCCAUAAAGGUUAUUUGCCUGCAGUCUAUUCGUAACUACCUCAUGUCUGUGUAUUUUGCAAUUUUCAGCAAAUAUUCAUGUUGUAUA